CUUUCAUCUGUAAAUACGCAUUUAAGCCCCAACUUUCUUCAAGUCGUCUUCUUACUCGCCGCAUCAGCUUCAAAAACGGGUAUCUUCAGUAAUCUCCGAAGGAUCUCUGCCUUUUUACGCGAUAGAUCAUUCCCAAUGACCGAUAGGUCCAGUAUCGCUCCCGACAAGUCUGUUACAAAGCCCCUCAAAGUCUACCGCUUCCGCCCAAAUCACCAUGAAGCGCAGUGGAAGCACCUCAAACUUCACGGUGAAAGCACCAAGCACAUGUCCACUCCAGUCCAGCUCAGACUAGUGACAUGGAAUCUGGACUUUUCAGCGGAUCAUGCUGUAGAGCGUUUCAAUACUGCUCUAGAGUAUCUCCAGUUCGAGGUCUUCAAAUGCGACGAUGGACAGUCACCAGGGCCUUGCUGCAUUCUGCUUCAAGAAGUGAGACCCGAGUGCCUGAAGGAACUGCUUAAUACUGACUGGGUACGCGACCAUUUCGCCGUGACGCCUGUCGAACCCACCAAGUGGCCUGGGCCGCAUUACCAAUACGGCAAUGUCACUCUCGUAGAGCGGACGGUACCCAUUCGGGAUGCAGAGAUUGUGUUUUACGGCCGCACGGAGCAUGAGCGUUCAGCUAUUGUGCUGGACCUACGCAUGAUCAGUACAAGGGGCUUCAAGCGGAACUUGAGGGUUGUCAAUACGCAUUUGGAGUCCAUGGCGACGGGACGGCCGAACAGGCUGCAUCAGUUGAAGGAGUGUGCCGUGCUGUUGAGGCACUCGUCGACCGGGGGGAUCGUAGUCGGUGACUUGAAUGCGUUUGAUCAGGAUUUUGAUGAUGCGCUCCUCAGUGUGGAACUGAUUGACGCUGCCGCGGAGCUUGACGAGGAGGAAGCAUUCACCUGGGGGGAACAGGGAGGAGGUGCAGGCGAAUUUCCCAAGUCCCGUAUGGACAGAGUGUUGUCCUAUACGCCAGCUGGGAAGACGAGAUUCGAUAUCACGCCGCCACAAAGGAUUGGAAUGGGAUUGAAAUGCGGAGAGUUGUGGGUGAGCGACCACUUUGGUCUCGAGGCUACUUUGACGGCCCCUGAAGGACCGGAGGACAUAGACGAAGAAGUGUCAAAAUCUGAAUCUCAGUAGUUCUGUGUUGUAUACAUGUUUUAGUAUCAUUAUGACAAGCCGACUUCUUUCAGCUUAGUGAAGUAGAACUUAAAAGAAAUGCGGUUUCUACAUUAUGCCAAUAUAAGAACCGUAGAAUCGUAACAUAACUAGCCCUUUGUCAUUCGUCUAGACAUACAAAUACUAA